AAGCGCAUUUCUCUUCCUUGUUUGUUAUUCUUCCGUAGUCUUCUCUGCCACUCUCUCUCCUCUUUGCCCCUUUCUCUCUCUUACCGACUUCUCACCAGCUACCUCUGUUGUCGGAAGCAUUCAAACGAAGUCUGUCUCUCAAAACAAGACAGUAACCAAUGCUGGGAUUUUCAUAUGGAGAAAUAUUUCUAUUGCUUGGAGUCACUGCUGCUGUGAUUGGUCCAAAGGAUUUGCCAAUCAUAUCCAGAACAGCAGGGAGGCUAGCUGGUCGAGCUAUUGCAUAUGUACAACUGGCUCGUGGUCAGUUUGAUAACGUUAUGCAGCAAUCUCAAGUUCACCAGGUUCAUAAGGAACUACAGGACACAAUGGCUCAGCUAGAUGCUAUUCGUCAUGAAAUACGAAGUAUAUCAAUCAUAAAUCCUGGCCCCAUGACACGGAAGCUUGUGGAUAAUCUUGACCAAACAUCUAUAUCAAAUGUCAAUAGGAAACAAGAAGAUGAUGGAAAGAAUAACUCGAUCCCCACAGUUGCCAAGGAUUCAACUUCACUGGCCUCCAGUUCAUGCAAUAUGCAAAGUCAAGCAACUACUUAUGCCAAAUUGGCCGAGUCCCCUACCAUGAAGAAUGGUUUCUUAGCAAGUAGUACUGAUGUCGAGAAGAUUUAUAAUGAACAAAAGCUUAUUGUCUUACCAAUUUCAGCUGAAAACAUUGGAGUUUUACCAAAUCGUGGGGCUGAUGUGAAAGGAUCUGACAUUGUUCUAGAAGCAAUUUUGGAGGCAGAGGUCGCUCAUAAUGCAAAGGAAUUCUUUUCACAGCCCCAUAAUCAAAUACAAUGAAGCACCGAUACUUCGAAUAUUUUUUCCCAACGUAUCGAAUACAUGUAUCGGAAACGUAUUGUAUCGUAUCGACGAAUUAACGGUCGUAUCGAGAACGUAUAUGGAACGUAUCGAAAACGCCGUGUCAGAGUCGGUGCUUCAUAGAUCAAAUAUGAGUGAUAUGGUAAUCCUACAUAAUACCUUAAUUUUCUAGGUGUUAAACGUACUUAUUUUGUAGCAUCUGUAAAUAUAAAAUACUACAUGUUUAGA